GGAGCUGCUGUAGGGUAGGUGAAAACAGAACGUUAUUACGUUGUCUAUAUAUACCCUGUAGAACCGAAUUUGUGUGAUAUUCAUAUAGUCACAGAUUCGAUUCUAGGGGAAUAUAUGGUCGAUGCAAAAACUUCACCUUUCUGCAGACGGCCAGGGGUUUGGGCACAGAUGGAACCAAAAGACGUGUGCGUGUUGAACACGGAGAAAUCCCCAAAGUUUUGCCGCCUUUCUCCCAUUUAAGCAGAUUUUAGAACGUCUCUGAGAAUUCCCCUGGUCGUUCAGCCCUACCUCCCGCUGGCAGACUGUGGAUUUAAACGAGUAAUCUCAGGAGAUCUAAAAAAUAUUGCCGGGGAAAAAAAAAAAAAAAAAAAAGAAAAGAAAAAAAAAAAGGAAAGAAAAAGAGAAAAAAAGAAGUCUGCCAAUCAGUGAGCGAAUCUUUAACAAAAGCCCCAUAAAUUAGCCCGAUGUGCUGGGCGCUGCCAGAAUUUCCCUGUCGUGUGUCCAAAUCUCACCCAAAUAUUUACGACAGCGGUGAAAGCAGCGCUCGACUCACUGGGACGUAUUUCCUUGCGCUCCAGGAAGGAUGUUGAUGAGCGAGGAUUGAAUUUCUCUCUUUAAACCCGUGAUGUUUGUAACCCAAUUAGAAGCCGUCUCAGUGCAAUUGGCUGAACUUUGGUGGCCGAAAGUGGACAGUUUCUCGUUAUCUGGAUGCUUUCGUACGCACACGCACAGAUUUUGUAUGUGAGUGUGUGAGCGAGCGUGUGUGCCCACGUGUGCACACGUAUGUGUUGAGGUCGAAAAGUGAAUGAGAAGUUACUGAUUGCCUAAUUUUAUUCAGCAGAACGAAAUUCUGGUAACUUUUGGAUGACCUCUGCGAGACAAAGACAGGACAGGUCUAUUGUACAUCAUAUUGCCCUCUUCUUUGAUGUCUUUUCUUUUCCUCGCCUCCUUAUCUGUUCCCUCCCUUCAAGUCCCGCUCCGACUCCUCGCUCCGCAUCUCUCUCGAGGUUUUAUUCGUACCGGAGCCCGGCGGCCAUCCCGCCCGGCGGAUGGGGCGGGGGGACGAGCGGGGGGGAGGUGAGGGCUCUGCUCAGACAAAGGCUGCCCGCACCUGGGGGCAGGGAGGCGGCCGCACGCGGGGAAUGGCCCCAAAACUCCGGGAUCGGCCCCGGAGGGCGAACCCGGGCGCGGAGGGGUCACUCAGCUCCGCGUAUAUUAUUUAGUUAAAUUCGUGGAAAUUCUGAGGCGCACACAAAUCCGGUGAUCGGCUCCCCGCCUCCCCAUUGGCCGGGCCGGUCACAUGCACGCCUAACUUUAUUCAGUUGACAGCAAGUAGGAGGGCUCUAUGGAAGGAGAAAAAAAGACAACACGAGAAAAAUUAGUAUUUUCUACCUUCCGAAAUUAAUGGCCAUGAGUUCGUAUAUGGUGAACUCUAAGUAUGUGGAUCCCAAAUUUCCUCCUUGCGAGGAAUAUUUGCAGAGCAGCUACCUAGGCGAACAGGGGGCCGAGUAUUACGGGGCCUCGCAGGGCUCCGAUUUCCAGCACCAGGGGCUCUACCCACGGUCAAACUACAGCGAGCAGCCCUUUGGCUGCGCCGGUGCCCAGGGCUCCGCCGUGCAGCCGCGGGGUCACGGACAGGAGCAGUCCGCCCCUCCGAGCCACUUCCCCGGCCAAGCCGAGCAUUGUCCUCCGCCUCCAAUGUCCAACUCCCGAGCCUGCGGCCAGCAGCCAGCCCUCAAAGCCCCCCACGGGUCAGCAGUUAAGCAGCCAGCAGUAGUUUAUCCCUGGAUGAAGAAAGUCCAUGUUAACUCGGUGAACCCCAAUUACAGCGGAGGGGAACCUAAGCGCUCCCGAACAGCUUACACCAGGCAGCAAGUCCUAGAACUGGAAAAAGAAUUUCAUUUUAACAGGUACCUGACCCGGCGCCGCCGUAUCGAGAUAGCGCACACUUUGUGUCUCUCUGAGCGCCAGAUCAAGAUCUGGUUUCAGAACAGAAGAAUGAAGUGGAAAAAAGACCACAAACUGCCCAACACUAAGGGCAGGUCUUCCUCCUCCGGUUCUAACCCCCACUUACAGACUGUUCCCAAGGACCAUCAGACUGACUUGACAACUUUAUAGAAGAGGUGACAUUUUCCAUUUCAUCCUUCGAUUCUGACCAGUACUGUACAUAAGUGACACUAUCCAAGCAGAACCUGCGUGUAGCAGCCAAGGAGUCGAGAAACUGCCAUCUUUCCAUAAGGUACUGUGGUACAAAGGAGACUAAAUGACGCUACUUCGGACUUUUAUUUUAUUUGCCUCUCGCUAGCACAGAAAGAAAGAAAGAAAAAAAAAAAAAAGCAUCAUACAG